UUUCUAAGAGCACACGUAGUGGAGUACCUUGUUGCUAUUUUCACUGAGCUCCUGCACUCUCAGAGAGAACCCUUUGCUCUCUGCUUGAUGUUCCAGCUCUACGAUAAAGAUCUGGAGUCUCUGAAAACUGCUGAGUAUCCUCAGCUCUACCAGUUUAACCAGUACUAUAAACUCUGGAUACCCAAGCAGUCUCAGGAACCUGUGUUUAAAAACCACGAGGAGGUAAGCGAAGAACCUGCUGUGCCGCUGGAUUCUGUAUUUACCACUUUGCUAAAGAGAGCCUAUGAGAGAGGAAGCAAGACCCUGCUGGAAGGUGGUGUUCAGACAAAAUUGAGAGACUUGGCUUCCUGGCUCCCACCUGACCAGCUUUUGUUGGGAGUAAAGCACGUGCUGUUAUACCUGAAAUCCACAGUGGAGAACUUCAGCAGUGUAAGAGCAAUAUUGUAAUAAUAUUGUGCUUAUGUUUGGUUUAUUUUCAUGUAGAAGGUACAAAUGACUUAGCUGUUAAAAUUUAGGCUCCAGUUCUGUAGCUCUUUUUUCUGUACUUGUCUCUGAGGCUGCACAGCACCGUACAACACUGCAUGUAAUUUGUAAACAAACGCCAGUUCUUACUAUUGAGAAGCCUCAGAUUUACUUUGCAUGGGUUACCUUGCUGAUUGGUGUGAGUGCAAAUAAACUC